AUCCCAAAUGAAGAAGAGAUCAAAAGACCCUGUUUACUCUCUCAACGCCACUUCCUUUCGUUUUUCAGUAUUUAAACCUCUGAUGGGGAAGAGGAUUAGAGCAAAGUGAAGGAAUGACAUAACUGUGUUUGUAUGUAUAAAGAUUUAAAUUGUAGGUUCAACCUAAAUCUAUCUAUAAUUGUUUGUUCUUCCUGCUUUUACGAAUUCUGUAGAGUAAUACUUGGUCCAUCCUUAAAAUUUCAGGUUGCUACUGUUAGCAGUUGCUUGUUUAAUUGAUUACUUCCUGCCCUGGUUUGCAAAAUCCAUGUUGAAUUUUUAAAUUUAAUGAAAUUAAGUUUGGAAAAAAUUGGGUCUAAUUCAGCAUUCAUGUUAGCAUGCAACAUUUGCUUCUUUCUUACCUGGGAAACACUAUGUUAAAUGUUACGGUUUUGCAGUUCUCAUAGAAGAACCUGAACACUGUGAUCCUUCUGGAUGAUGAGAAAUGGAACCCCUCCCUUUGAAUCGCAUUCAUCUGAUCAUCCCCCCAGUGUUGGUGAAUGCUCUAGCUCAACUUCGUUGAGCAGUCAGCAGGAUGUUGAGGAUGACGGGAUGAUUGCUGCUGUAUUGUCUGAAGAGUAUGCUAAAUUAGAUGGUUCUGUUGGUCGACGCCUUACCAACCUGGAACCUGUUCCGCAUAUUCCACGGAUUAAUUCCUUCAUCCCCAAUAUAAGUGAUGCCAGUUUGGAUCAUCAACGAUUGAGUCAGAGAUUACAAGUUUAUGGUUUAUAUGAAGUGAAGGUAUCUGGUGACGGAAAUUGUCAGUUCCGUGCACUUUCUGACCAGCUCUACCGGUCACCUGAGUAUCACAAACAUGUCCGGAAGGAGGUUGUGAAGCAGCUGAAGGACUGCCGAGCUCUAUACGAAGGCUAUGUUCCAAUGAAGUACAAACACUAUUACAAAAAAAUAUCCAAAUCUGGUGAAUGGGGGGAUCAUGUUACUUUGCAAGCGGCUGCUGAUAAGUUUGCUGCCAAGAUAUGCCUUUUAACCUCAUUCAGAGAUACUUGUUUUAUAGAAAUUACUCCACAACAUGAGACGCCUACGCGAGAGUUGUGGCUAAGCUUUUGGUCUGAGGUGCACUACAAUUCACUUUAUGAGAUCCGAGAAGCUAUGGUGCAACAUAAGCCGAGAAAGAAGCACUGGUUGUUCUAAGGAAAGAUUAUAUCUGGAACUGGCUGCAACAUACAGGAGAAUGUCAAACAUCGCAGAAUUUUAUCUUUUUUAUUCUUUUUUUAUGUGAAUGUUAUAGCAUAUCAAAUAUCCCAUUUGAGUUCAUCUGUAUACCCCAAUAAACAAAGUGACAAUUGUUAGGCAGCCCUGCUCAUUGAGCAUACGUAAUGUACAUUCAUGUGCAAGUCAAAUAUUAUUGUCAAAUAUUGAUUUAAAAAGCAUCUCUUCUUGAGAUGUCUUCAUUUG